GUUUCCCAGUUGCAUAAAUAUCUCUCCCAAUUGCAUUCUUGAGUUUAUUCUUCACUGCCAGAUCUAGAAGAUGUUCCAGGAUCACAUACCCUUGUUCCAAGAAAUUGGGUCCUCAUCAAAAGACAUUCUGCAUUGGGAUGGACUACUUCAAGUGCUUCUCGCUACAAAUACUGCAGUCAUCACACUAAAAACAAACAUUUCCCCGAAGUGAACCCAGUAGGAAAGUGAAAGCGACUGGGAAAGACCAAUGAUCCACCCCCACCCACUGCUACUUCCCCCCAUAAGGACAUUAUUUCUAUGGGGAAUUCUAUAUAAGCAGGACCUGAGCUCAACUGUAUGAUAAGGUCCCACAGCUCCUGAUCCUCAGUCUCGUCACACUCCCCCCCAGCAGGGAGCUGAAAGACAACAGGAAGAUUCUCUGAAUUCUGUAAGUCAGGUAAACGUUCCUACUUCAGCUGAGCACGUUGGUUCCACAGUAGCAGAGCAGGAAAAACAACGUUACAGGAAACAAUUUAUAAGAAGAAAAGUGGAAGAUGUCUGGAACCAAUCAGCACAAGUGGGAAAAAACAUUCCAUCCUGGUAUCAAGAAUGUUACAUUAACAUUACGGGGAGAUAAAACACUAACAACAUUCAUAAAUCGGGUUACACAUGAAAGUUCUGAGAAUAUAAUUGGCAUAUCCAAAAAACCAUCAAUAUCACCUGGAAGUGUGUCAGUGAGCCCAUCUGGUUUUAUUGAUAUGUUUGAUACUGCAGACAGACCAGCUGAGGCUUCUGCAGUAGGUGUCUAUGCUGUGACUGAUACCUAUGCCUGUAAAGGAUUCAAGAAUGCACCUGGGAAACGGAUCCCUAAGGCUGGAGCCUACGCUGGUGCUGGGGUGGGGAGGGCCAGGGCUGCAGUUAGUGUGUUAGAGGCUGAAGCCAAAGGCCCUAAUGCCUCGGCUGGAGCUGUAGCCAAAAUUUAUAGAGCUGAAGCGAUGGCCAGAGCAGAGGUGGGAAGUGUUUCUGCCAGUGCUGGUCCAAUCAAAGCCACUCUGGGCCUUGGGGUGGAUACAGGGGUGAAGGUGGGUGUGGAUGGGGUUGAGGCAAAAAUCUUAGGCACUGGGAUUAGACUUGGACCUAAUCCAAGUAUCUCUUUGCUUGGGUCAGAACUUUCUUGUGUUAUUUCAUAAGAUCCACUAGGAUCUACUUAUCAAGGUCCAAAAAUGCAGCUUUUUGAUUCCAUAGUGAAAAUACCCCAUAACAAUUAUAAAGUCUGCAAAUCAUUAUAUAUAUAUAUAU